AGUAAUUGUACAUAAUAAGAGCAGUAGUCGAAAAUGGUAUGAAUUUUCAGAUACUGUGACCCCAAAUCUUUAGUGUGUGAAUAAGGCUCCUGGUCUUGCAAGAACUGCCAUACCUAUUUACUAUAUACUAUAUCAUCCCAUAAAAAGAUUUUUUGUUUAUAGGAAUAAUUAGCUGCUUCAAUAGAAAGUCAGUUAACAGAGGCGGGUCUAUGAUAAUUGCAAGAAAUAAUAUUAAAGUAAAGGAACGUGCUGACAUUGUUAGACUUUCUAUUGAGUGUUGUAUAGAAUUAUCUUGUAUAGAACUAGAAAAUUAUAUCCUUAUAUGUGUGUACAGGCCUCCUAAUAGUGAUUACAAUGUUUUUGAAGGGGUGAUGGAGGAUAUUUUAAAAAAAGUAUUUAAUAGUAUUAAAAAAAUUAUUGUAUGUGGAGAUUUUAACGUUGAUAUUCUUUGUAACACACCCACAUGUACAAAAAUUAUUAGUUUAUUUCAGUCAUUUGAUUUAUGUCAUGUCUUUCAUGAACCCACUCGUGUAACUGCCACGUCUGCUACUUGUCUUGACAAUGUUUUUUGUAACUGCGAGUAUACAGAAAAAUUCAUAAUAAAUAAACUUCCUUCAGAUCACUGUGGUCAAGUUGUUAAGUUUAGCAGUCAAAUCAAUAAAGUCAACAAUAAUAAAAAAUCAAAAAGACAAAUAAACGUUUACAAUAUUAAUAAAUACAAAAGCGCGAUUAAAAAUAAAUUGGAUUUGCUGUUACAAUCUAGUAAUAAUCCUGAUUAUCUUUACACCAAGCUAAUUAAUAUUUUAUCCGGAGAAUAUGAACAAUUUUUCAAGAAAAAAGAAGUUCAUGUUAAAUCUAAAUUCACGGAAUGGGCAACAGUAGGAAUACUUAAAAGUAGAAAUAUUUUGUUUGAUUUAUACGAUCAAAAAAAAUAUCGAUUUGAUGACAAAUUCACCACUUAUGUAAAAAAUUAUUCUAAAAUUUUUAAAAAAGUUUGUAUUAUGGCUAAGUCUAAUUAUUUUAAUAAACAAAUUAAGCAGUCUUCUGACAAAAUUAAAACCAUCUGGAGCAUUAUAAAUAAAGAAACUGGAAGAUCUAAAAUAGCCUGUAAUCAAUUUACAUUAAAUUAUGAUAAUAAAUUAAUAACAACAACAAAAGAUGUAGUUAAUAUUUUUGAAGAUUUUUUUGCUAAUAUUCCGAUUGAUAUUACAUCUUCUCUGGACUCAUCUCAAUCUCGAGCAAAAAAAUUACUAGAGACUAAUAUCGGUUGUUGUUCUUUAAGAUUUAAAUUUUCACAUGUUAGCCCCUUUCAUAUCAUAAAAAUAUUCAAACAGCUAAAUUUAAAAAAUACGGAAGACCUUUGGGGCAUGUCUGUAAAAGUAGUUAGUUCUUUCAUAGAUAUUGUUGCUCCAUAUCUAGCCACUAUUUUUAAUAAAUGUAUUGAUAAUGGCGUUUUUCCACAUUUAAUGAAAUUUAGCAAAUUAAUCCCACUAUUUAAAUCAGGAGAUAAAUUUGAGCCAGGGAACUAUAGACCUAUAUCUAUUUUGCCAGUUCUAAGUAAGGUGUUUGAAAAGAUAAUGUUAAAUCAAAUGUUACAUCACUUCAGGGUUAACGGACUGCUUCACAGUCAGCAAUAUGGUUUCACCGCCGGCAAGUCUACCACUGACGCAGGUGUUGCGCUAAUGACACAUAUUUUCGAAUCUUGGGAGAGGUCACAGGAUGCACUCGGAGUUUUUUGUGACCUAUCAAAGGCAUUUGAUUGUGUGGAUCAUAAAACGCUUUUGUACAAGCUCGAACAUUAUGGUAUAACAGUGGACUCGAAAUUACAAUGGGGGCCCCAUAUUUCAAAAUUGGCCAGUAGACUCAGUUCUGCUGCAUAUGCAAUUAGAAGAAUUAGGCAAUUAACAGACGUGGCGACGGCUAAACUUGUAUAUUUUAGUUAUUUCCAUAGCAUAAUGUCUUAUGGCAUACUGCUGUGGGGUAAAGCAGCCGAUAUAAAUACUAUAUUUGUUUUACAAAAGAGAGCCAUACGUUCUAUUUAUGGUAUGGGUUCAAGAGAGUCAUUACGUCAGUGCUUUAAAGACUCAAAUAUCCUCACAGUUACUUCACAAUACAUUUAUGAAAAUAUUAUGUAUACACGGAAGAACUUAGCGAGUUUUAAAAAACUCAAAGACUGUACAAGUAGAAACUUACGCAAUAUAAAUAAGCUUAUUUUACCUAAAUGCCGUCUGCACAAAAUCAGUAAUUCAUUCUAUGGUAAUUGCAUAAGAUUUUAUAAUAAACUGCCGGAAUCUGCAUUAAAUCUGACAGAGAGGCAAUUCAAAUCUUAUAUUAAACAAUUUUUAUGUAAGAAAGCCUAUUACAGGAUAGACGAAUUCAUAGAUGACAACAUAUCAAGUAAAUAAUUAGUUUAUUAGCAUACAACGUUAUAAUUUUAUUUUCUCAUUGCUUUCUUGAUUUAAUUGAUUAAUUUUAGAAAUAUGAAAGCGUAGCGGUUUUUUGUAUUAAUUGCCGCAUGCAUUCUUAUGUAAAAUGUGAAUACUAUAACUAUCAGAUGGCAAUUGUGAGUAGCUUUGACGUGGUCUAGUGUUUUGAGUAGUCAUGCUCACUAAAAUGUCCAGACUUGUGGCGGCGUGGUGGGCCGGGUCAUUGGGCUCCCUAAAAUAUGGUCGAGCGCAGUGAUGGCUGGCUCAUCCGUCAUACUCGUGAACGGGUGCUGCUUGUAGGGACUGGUCUGCUCUAAUCACUAUGACUGAUUUCCUCUUAUUAAUUGUUUAACCAGUUGGUUAUGUAUUCAAUUUUUUUUUCUUUUUGAGUAUUUAAUUGAAUUAGUGCUAAUUGGUGGUUUGUAUUCACACAAUUAAACUUAAAAAUGUAAAAUAAUAAUAAAAUUAUUUAAAAGAGCAUCACGCAAGUUUCUUGCUCGUUCUUCUUGUGAUGAGACAGCUUUCCGAACGAGCGGUAAAUUAAAAAAAAUGUAAUGACUUUUCAAAAGUGCUUCAAUGUAAGUUUAUUUGAAUAAAUGAUUUCUAUUCUAUUCUAUUACACAUACUUUUUUGUGAUAAUAUAUUCCCCAAUAUAUAGAAUGUCUGCCUUGUACAUGUACAUGUAUUGAUGAAUAAAUAAAUAAGUUAAUUAAUGAAAAAAGAAACAUUUUUAUAGAAACUGUAAAAAGGCCCCUUAACAAGUGACAAAUGACUCCAUCAACAGAAUAGUUUUAGUGAAUGUUCAUAUGAGAAAGACUCCAGAUAUUGCUAUCUCAUUUUAUGUCAUGGACUUGCAAUAAUGAUUUUAUGGAUUCACUUGUCAUUUGCUUACUACAGGGUUGGAUUGACCAUCUUGCAGACCUAAGCAUGUCUCACUCACAAAAAAAAAGCUGAUAUAAUAUUAUUCUAUAAAAUAAAUUGAAAUGUAUACUGAAACAUGAUAAAAAAAAAACAAACAUGGAAAUCAUAUUUUCAUUGGAGUUUGGUAGAUAUAAAAUUUUCUCAAAGAAAAAAUAUUGUAAGAUUUUUUUUAUGCAAUUUAGAAUGACACACAAGCUGAUGGCCCACCUGAUGGAAAGUGGUAACCAUUAUCUAUAGACGUAAGCAGUACCAUGGACAUAACAUAGUAUAUAUAUAUAUAUGUAUAAAGUCUCCCACUGGUCUAGCACUUGCUGUCUAGUGAUUGAGGGGGUCC